AUGGGCUUCGCACGGAGCCCCGCGGCCGUGCUCGCUGCUGGCUGGGCGGAGGACCAGGGCCGCAGGGCCGAGAUGGAGGACGGGUUCGUGUUCGUGGACCGGUUCGGGGGGAGGCAGACGAGUGCCUUCUUCGCGGUCUACGACGGCCACGGGGGAAGACAGGUGGUCGACUUCGUUACGCACGAGCUGCACGAGAGCGUGCUGCGGGAGCUGCGGCGGUGUGGUUCGGCGCCCGACGCCAUGCUGCAGGCAUUCCAGUCCACAGACGACGAGAUGGUGCGACGGAACAUCAUGACCUCAGGCUGCACGGCCUGCUGCUGCUUGCUGCAGGAGGAGCGGCACGCCCGGGUGAUCUACACCGCCCACCUGGGCGACAGCCGCGCGGUCAUGGCGCGCGGAGGCAGCGCCACCAGGCUGACAUCCAUGACGGACCACAAGGCCACCGACCCACUGGAGGCCAAGCGAGUGAUCGAGGCGGGCGGGCAGAUCGUUAACGACCGCGUCAACGGGAUGCUUGCCAUGACCCGCGCGUUGGGGGACCACAUUCUGAAGACCCCCGUGUUGCCCAACGAUGUCGUCAGCAACGUGCCCGACAUCACGUCCACCGACCUCUCGGGCCAGGACAGCUUUGUGAUCUUGGCUUGCGACGGGCUCUGGGAUGUGAUCAGCGACCAGGACGCGGUGGCACUGGUCUGCGAGAGUCUGCAGGAGCUGCGGCCCCUGCUGCGGCGGCUGGAGGCGGAGGGCCGGUGCGCGGCCGAGAUCCUCGCGCGCAUGCUGGUGGAGGAGGCCCUGGUGCGGGGCUCCAGCGACAACGUCAGCUGCGUCGUGAUCUUCCUGUGA